GCUGUCAGGCCGAACAGACGCAGCGACCUAACGGAGAGAUACCGCAGCAGCAGCAUCCUUUGUUUUCUGGAGCUGGACAUGCAGCUGUGAAAACCGCUGACAACCUGCAGCCCCUGGAAGAGAAGGGGGAGGCGUCCAAAUCAAGCAGCAAAAUCCAGGAGCAUAACAACAACCAAUAAGCUUCAGUUUACGACCAAUGUGCCGGCCAAUAGGACAGCUCCAAACUGAUGGGGUGCUGAGCUGAGCUGAGGAGAGAGCCGGAGCGAGGGUGGACAGGCAGCCGGGCUUUCCUUUCCCACCGUCCUCUGCGUCUCCAUCGGCCCUGUGGAAGCACUCGUCCACACCACUGCACUGUAACACCCUCAGAACUCUUUGUCCUCCUUCUCGCUCCGUCACUGCACUCGUUCUCUCUCUUUCUAUCCGUCUAUCUGUCCAUCAUGGUUGACGAGCAGGCGAUGCAGCACUUUAUCUGAGCACAAUCCUUCACCCCCCCCCCCUCCCCAGCCCAGAAUCCGGCUCAGUCCCACAGGCUCCCACAGGCCAUGAGGAGGGCCAGGGGCUUCAUCUCUUUCUAGACCUUCUCUUCUCCACCUUGUGUCUUCAUGUUUUGGGGGUCCUCUGCUGCCCCCGCCCUGUGUCAGCCACCCAGGACCCGCUGCCACCACGGCCGACCACCCCAGUCGCCUCGUUGCCAUGCCGACAGAGACACUGGCUCCAGCCCUGCCAGAUAGCAAGGCCGCUGGCCCCGCAACGCCGUUCAGCUCCGCUGUACCUCUCCGCAUCCUCAAUAAAGGGCCGGACUACUUCAGGAGACAGGUGGAACCCAACCCGAAGCGCCUCAGUGCUGUGGAGAGGCUGGAAGCUGACAAGGCCAAGUAUGUCAAGAGUCAGGAAGUCAUCAACGCCAAGCAGGAGCCAAUCAAACCGCCUGUGCUGGCAAAGCCUCCCGCCGGUCACCCACUUCUCAAGAGAGGCUCUGGGAUUGGUGGAGGAGGACAUGGAGGCGGGAUACCUUUCAAAGCAUCCAAUAACAACGCCAAGUCGGACACAUGUGCCGGCAGCGGCAGCAAGCGCGAGAAUUUAAACCUGGAGAUCCUCAAAAAUCUGCUAAACUCCUCGUCCUCUUCAGGAGCAGGACCUGAAGGACGAGGAGGCGGAGCUAAAAGUGCGGUGCUGAUGAGGUCAGCCAGGAGUUGGACACCAUUAGGGAUGCCGUUAACCUACCGGUCCACAAUGACGCUGAAUGAGCAGCCUGCCGACUCAGCGCCUAGUCCGAGCACCUCACACUCCCUCCGCUCCUUCUCCCAUUCCCUGAAGGUCCCUCCAAUCAACAGCACGGGCCGCCGCAGUCCACAACAGGGAGGGAAUCUCAACCUGAGCCGACGAGUGCUGGACGAGCGGGGAGGUGAGGGAGGAGUCAUCGAUCGAUCUCGCUCCCCCCUGCCUCCACUGCUCACCUCCCACUCCCACUCCGAUCUCCUGCGCCUGUGCAACGGCAGGCCGCUCCGUACGGCCCGAUCCAGCAGCUCCUCUGCCCCGCCCCUCCCUCCAAAACCAAACCCCGCUUCCCUCCCUCCUCCCGCGCUCUCCUUGUCUCUGCCUCCCCCGCGUCCGACUCCCUCCCCCUCGCUCUGUGACAACACCACCCCUCAGUCGCUGCCUCGUGAUUUCGCAGACCCUUCCUUUACUUCCGCCGAGCCCAACCUGGAGCUGGGGCUCGGUUGUUCUGUGGCCCGUCGCUCGUCCCUGCACAGAUCCAAAUCAGACUUGUCCGACCGAUACGCUCGGGCCGGAGCCGACGUGGAACGCUUUUUUAACUACUGCGGCCUUGACCCCGAGGAACUGGAGGCAGUCGGUCCGGAGAACUUUGCACGGGCCAACUCGGACAUAGUGAGCCUGAACUUCCGAUCCGCUUCGAUGAUCUCCUCGGACUGCGACCAGUCGAGGCGAUCCUCCAACGAAGGACUGUCGGACGCCGACGAAGACGAGGAGGAGGAGGCCGGGGAGCGGGUACCGUAUGGCAUCUCGGCUGUGGAGCGAAAUGCAAGAGUCAUCAAGUGGCUGUACAGCAUCAAACAGGCGAGAGAGACUCAAAAAGUGUCCCAUGUUUAGGAGGGAGGAUGGAAGCUCCGGAAGGUUGGAGACAAACCCAACGCUUCUUUAAAAAACUGACAGAUGGACAAGACGUACUCACAGGUUUAGAGACUGUGACGGUGGGGCCGGACUAAAAAACGUGUUUCUAUGGAUGAAUGAAAUGAAUGGCGGGAAAAUCUUAGAAAAAAAAAAAAAAA